AUGGCGUCGUCAUUCGAGGCCGACGCCCGGAUGCUGUCGUCGACUGAGGAUCUCUCCGCGGAACUUGUGGACGUAGCGGAGGAUGUACUUGCCGGUGACUACACCCCCGUCCACCACCAUCCUGCCCAUGGCCACACCAGCCAUCGUCUCCAUGUCGGUGCCCAGGUCUCCACCCUCGACCAGCAGUACGGCACCGUCUGCUUUGUGGGCAAGGUCCACUUUGCCACAGGUCGCUGGGUCGGCCUCGACCUUGGCAAGCCAAUCGGGAGGAACAGUGGCACUGUCGAGGGCGUGCAGUACUUUACCACAGAACGGAAGCAUGGGCUCUUUGUUCGUGAGUCCGACUGCUUGUUGGUCAAGCCGGCGGCAGACGCUGGCCAAGACCACGGCUUUGUGCCCUUUGACUACUCGGACGCUCGUGAGGCAUUGGUGCCAGUGCCGGCCAUGCCCACCGCGAUGGCUGCAGGUGACGACAGUACAUACGAGUGCUCGGAGGAUGCAGUUGUCGAACACGAUCGCGACUCGAUGAAGACCCUCUCCGAGUCGGCACUGAGCGACGAUGACUCGCCCCGGGUGGCAGUCGCGCCGGUGGCGGCGGCUGCCGAGGCCGCCGAAGCUGCGCCGCGCGAGCACGAGCGCAAGCAACGCCGCCGCCGCCGCGGCAAGUCGUCGCGGGCCGAGGCCGCCGCCCCGGCUGCCGCUGCCGCCGGAGUCGGGCUUGCUGCAGGCGCCGCUGCUGGCGCCGCGGUGGCAACCAAGAGCCGGGCCGGCGAGCCGGACUCGGUCCCGGUUCCCUCGCAGACCUUUAUGGAUCCGUUUGAAGAGUCGGACCUACGCGCGUUUGGCGUCGACGCCGACGGCGUUGUUCACGACGUCGCCGACGCCAGCGGCGAGUCUGACGAAGACGAGGCUUCCGAGCCGGAGAAGGAGCUCUUCACCGGGCCGGGCGCCGGAGUCUUCAACUUUGACCACUACGAGCUGACGUCAAAGAAGAUUGGCGUCACCUCGUGGCGGUGCUGCGGCCGCGACGUCGACACCAUGGACACCGCGGCCAUCAUCGACGUCGAGCUCUUCCAGAACUGCCUCCACCGCCGCAAGAACCGCGGCAUCAUCACCGUGUACUCGCAGGACGCCACCACGCCAAUUGUGCGUAUGAAGGUGCCCAACGCGGUCGAGCUCUUCCACGAGCUCCGCUCGUACAUCUCGACCAAGCGCCGCGGCGAGGUCACAGAGGUUGUCAACCAGAAGCUCCUCUACGAAGGCGCCUUCCACUCGACAUGCUGGGGCUAUGGCUGCUGCUGCCGUGUGUGCGACUGCUGCGAGACCCACGACGAGUUCAAGAUCACCAACCUGACCGCGUCUAAGCACACCCGCUCCUGCUGCUACUCGGACCACCAGCAGGUCUCCAUGCGCCGGGUGUAUGACCUCUCGCUCGACCUCGUCUGCCUCUGCUCCUGCUGCGGCAAGCGCUGCGACCGCGGCUUUAUCACCGCCCAUACCUUUGACAUGUCGCACCCGACCUUCCGCAUCAAGGUCGUUGGCGGCGACAAGGCCGAGAAGCUCUUCAACUCGAUGUCGCGCUACGUCGAUCUCAAGAAGGCCGCCCUCCUCCAUUGGGAGAAGAACCGCACCGCCAACAUUAUCUCAGAGGCCCACAACCUGCGUCCGCGCAAGCCGUAA